AUGGAAGAGCGGGUGCAGCAGGAGAUGCUGGCAGCCCAGCACACAGGAGGCCACCACCCGGUGCGGGAAGGAGAGGUGUUCAACACGCGAUACCAGGCUCUGUGCAAGCUGGGCUGCGGCACCUUUGCCACCGUCUGGCUGUGCCAGGACAUGAGGAGGAAGAAACACGUAGCCGUGAAGGUCCUGAAAAGCAGGGAAGGCUUUGCUGAGGCUGCCCAGGACGAGGUCGCUCUCCUCCGCUGUGUGAGCAGUGUGAAGAAGAAGGACCGGGCAGGAGAAAACAUUGUCUGUUUGUUAGACGACUUCAGAAUGAUUGGAGAGAACGGCUUCCAUGCCUGCUUGGUAUUUGAGGCGUUGGGUCCUUCCCUGCGAUGUCUGAUGGGUAACUAUGCAGCCCAGGGACUGCCUUUGCCUUUUGUGAAAAAAUCUUUACAGCAGGUGCUGGCAGGGCUGCACUUUCUGCACAAGCGCUGCCGCAUCAUCCACGCGGACAUCAAACCGGAGAACAUCUUGCUGUACGGACGUGACAAAAGCCUCCAAAGGCUUCUGCCUGCUAUGCUUGACUGCGACCAGAGAAGAGAGUUGGGGCUAAAAGGAGCAGGAGGUGAUCUUGGCAACGGAUUAGAAGAAUCUGAUUUAAUGAGCAUAGAAGUGAAAAUUGCAGAUCUGGGCAGUGCGUGCUGGACAUACAAGCCUUUUUCCAAGGAGAUACAGACCCAGCCAUACCGUGCCCUGGAAGUGCUUCUUGGAUUAGACUAUGGCACUCCUGCAGAUAUCUGGAGCACGGGCUGCCUGGCAUUUGAAAUGGCAACUGGGGAGUGUCUAUUUGAUCCUCAACCUGGGAAAUAUUUCUCCAGAGAUGAUGAUCACGUUGCUCGUAUUAUUGAGCUCUUGGGAAGAAUUCCUCCUCAAAUUGCUUUCUCCUGGAACAAGUCAACAAAAUUUUUCAGCAGGCCAGCACUCAGCAACGGGAAGACUCCAAACACUCGCUUGGACAGAGCUAGCGAGUCUGAGAAACACCCGAGAGCCAAACCUGCAAGGGGCAGUGGAGGCAAAGCUUACAGAGAGGAAGAUAUGAAGGAAGGGAUCCUUCAGGAUGCUUUGGAUGAAUUGUAUGAGGCGAGGAGUGGUGCCCUUCUGCGGAUCUCCAGACUGUCCCCCCGCAGUCUCCACAGCAUCCUGGCGGAGAGACACCACUGGACAAAACACGAGGUUACUCCCUUCACCAGCUUCCUCCUCCCCGCGCUGCAGUACGCGCCCGACCGCCGCGCCACAGCCGCCCAGUGCCUGCAGCACGCCUGGCUCAGCGGCCCGUGA